AUGGCAUCAAAAAAUGAGCAAACGAAAGCGCGUCAGGUUGCUGCUGGGGAGACUUUUUUUUAUCGAAUUCAUGGUUCUCCCGAGGUAGAAACCAGCUUCCGUGUUCGUCUUAUCUCCGGCACCGCCAACGCCGAGCUCGCGGAUGACGUGGCCAAGUGUCUCAGCAUCGAAAAAUCCAAAACGGAGAUCAAAAAGUUCGCCAAUGGGGAGUUGAACAUCAAGGUCAUCGAUGACGUGCGCGGGGAUGAUUGCUUUAUUAUCCAACCCACCUCGGGUGGGGAGGAGACGGAUGUGAACACGGUCGUGAUGGAGCUGCUGCUGCUCGUGCACACCCUGAAGUUAGCCUCCGCGCGACGAAUCACCGCGAUCGUGCCGUACUUCGCGUACAGCCGACAGGAUCGAAAGUGCGAGCCGCGCGUGCCGAUCUCCGCCUCGGCGAUGGCGCAGCUCCUCCAAUGCGUCGGCGUCGACCGCGUCGUCACGCUCGAUCUCCACUGCGGCCAAAUCCAAGGGUUUUUCCGCAACAUCCCGGUCGACAACCUCCUGAUGUUCCCCGAGUUCGCGACCUACGUGCGACGCCAGCCGUGGUUUGAUAAGAGGCGAACGGUGGUGGUGUCGCCCGACGCAGGGGGGGUGGAGCGCGCGAACGUGCUUGCCGAUCGCAUCAACGCCAGCCACAUCGUUACGAUUCUGAAACGACGAAAGGAGGCGGGUAAGGUGGACUCCAUGCAGACGGUCGGGAACGUGGAGGGGUAUACGUGCAUCAUCGUGGAUGAUAUCGUGGAUACGGCGGGGACCUUGUGUAAGGCGUGUGAGUUGCUCAAAGCGAUGGGGGCCGUUCGCGUGGUGGCGUGUGCGAGCCAUGGCAUCCUCUCCGACCCCGCCUGCGAGCGCAUCACGGCGUGUGAUGCGCUGGAGGAAUUAGUCGUUUCGGACUCCGUUUCUAUGCGUGAAAAGAUCAAAAGAUGCCGGAAACUUACCGUCCUGACGACCGCCCCUCUGCUUGCGCAGGCGGUGGAUUGCCUGCAUAGGGAAGCCUCGCUGUCGUCACUUUUUGUGUAA